AAAGGCGCCAAGCUUCUCCCUUCCAACUCGGUUUCGAACCACAAAACAAUAUUCUUUCUUAGUUCCAAUUAAGCUUCUUCCCAGUCUUCUGUUUAUUUUCUUGCCAUCUUUACUAUACAAAAUCUUAAAACCGGGAAGGAAAAGAGAGAAAUGGCGGAAAAUGAUUGGCUUAACGGGUACUUGGAGGCGAUUUUGGACGUGGGAGCGGACAAAAAUGGCGGGCGAGGCGGCGAGGAGAGGAGCAGGAAGAUGGAGAGCUUCAAGAAAACAAUAUUCAGCAGCAAGUUUGAUGAGAAGUUCAUGUCUGAAAAGCUUUUCCAGGCCCAGAAAGAGAAACCAGUAUUGCAGCUGUUUAGUCCGACCAAGUACUUUGUUGAAGAGGUUGUUAACAGCUUCGAUGAGACUGACCUCCACAGGACAUGGAUUAAGGUUGUAGCAACAAGGAAUUCUCGGGAGCGCAAUAACAGGCUCGAGAAUAUGUGCUGGAGGAUUUGGCAUCUCUCCCGCAAGAAGAAACAGAUAGCUUCAGAGGAUGCACAAAGGUUGGUGAAAAGGAGGGUUGAGCUCGAGAAAGGUCGUAUCGAUGCAGCAGAGGAUCUUUCUGAACUCUCGGAAGGCGAGAAUUGGAAGGAGAAAGGAGGGGAAAUGAAUCGGAUAGAUUCCCUUGCUUAUAUGCCAAGAAUUAACUCAGAUACACAGAUAUGGUGUGAUGACGAUAAGCCAAGACAACUCUACAUUGUCCUCAUCAGUAUUCACGGGUUGGUUCGUGGAGAAAACAUGGAACUUGGACGGGAUUCUGAUACUGGUGGUCAGGUGAAGUAUGUUGUAGAGCUAGCACGAGCACUUUCCAACAUGAACGGAGUCCAUCGUGUUGAUCUUCUCACCCGACAAAUCACUUCUCCAGAGGUAGACUUCAGCUAUGGUGAACCAAUCGAGAUGCUAUCAUGCCCAUCUGACGGUUUUGGAAGCUGUGGUGCCUAUAUAGUCCGAAUCCCCUGUGGACCACGGGAUAAAUACAUUCCAAAAGAAUCGCUGUGGCCAUAUAUACCAGAAUUCAUAGACGGGGCUUUAGGCCACAUUGUGAAUAUGGCAAGAGCUUUAGGAGAACAUGUGAACGAUGGGAAACCGGUGUGGCCUUAUGUGAUCCAUGGCCAUUAUGCGGAUGCAGCAGAGAUAGCAGCACGGCUAUCCGGGACCUUAAACGUGCCAAUGGUUUUAACAGGCCACUCGCUAGGUAGAAACAAGUUUGAGCAACUACUUAAACAGGGGAGGCUCACCAAGGAGGAUAUAAACGCCACGUACAAAAUACUGAGAAGGAUUGAAGCUGAAGAGUUGGCACUCGAUGCUGCAGAAAUGGUGGUCACUAGCACACGCCAAGAGAUUGAAGAGCAAUGGGGUUUGUAUGAUGGUUUCGAUGUACAAUUGGAGAGGAAGCUUCGAGUUAGGAGACAACGGGGAGUUAGUUGCCUCGGACGAUACAUGCCUAGGAUGGUGGUUAUACCACCGGGGAUGGACUUCAGCAGUGUUAAAGCACAAGAUCUAGUCGAAUGCGAUGCAGACCUCAAGGCCUUAAUUGGAACUGAUAAAACCCAAAAGAAGCCUAUCCCUCAUAUAUGGUCUGAGAUUAUGAGAUUCUUCACAAACCCUCACAAGCCGAUGAUACUUGCAUUGUCCCGUCCCGAUCCUAAAAAGAAUGUCACCACUUUGCUCAAGGCUUUCGGUGAAUGCCAAGCCCUUCAAGAACUAGCCAAUAUGACACUCAUACUAGGCAACCGAGAUGACAUAGAAGAGAUGUCAACUAACAGCUCCGCUGUUCUCACAACAGUACUUAAGCUCAUCGACAAGUACAAUUUAUACGGUCAGGUGGCAUAUCCGAAGCACCACAAGCAACAUGAAGUUCCUGAUAUAUAUCGCCUGGCUGCAAAAACCAAGGGAGUUUUCAUCAAUCCAGCUCUUGUGGAACCAUUUGGUCUCACUCUUAUAGAGGCUGCUGCUUAUGGAUUACCAGUAGUUGCAACCAAAAAUGGAGGGCCUGUAGAUAUAAUCAAGGCACUUAAUAAUGGGCUGCUUGUUGACCCACAUGACCAACGAGGAAUAUCAGAUGCUCUCCUAAAGCUUGUUGCUGAUAAAAACCGGUGGCUUGAGUGCCGUAAGAAUGGUUUAAAAAAUAUCCACCGCUUCUCCUGGCCAGAGCAUUGCCGUAACUACCUCUCCCAUGUCGAGCAUUGCAGAAACCGCCACCCUGCAAAUCGUCUUGAAGUUAUCACGCUUACUGAUGAACCCAUGAGUGAAUCGCUAUGUGGUGUUGAAGACCUUUCCCUUAAGUUCUCCAUGGAUGCAGCAGAAUUUAAACCUAAUGGAGAGCUUGAUUUGGCCAACAGACAGCAAGAACUUAUCAAGAUAUUAACACCAAAGGCGACUCUCAAUUCCAAAUCGAACAUUGGUUACUUCCCGGGAAGAAGGCAGGGGCUAUAUGUUGUCGCUGCAGACUGUUAUAACAACAUGGGAAAUGCUACUGAAAUAUUAUCUCUAAUUAUCAAGAAUGUGAAGCAAAUUACAGGUUUAAAGUGCAGCCAAAUAGGUUUAGUAUUAAUGACGGGAAUGAGUCUGCAGGAGACAAAAGAAGCAGUAAAGAAUAGCCAAGUAAAUUUGGAAGAUUUUGAUGCAUUAGUUUGCAACAGUGGAAGUGAAAUUUACUAUCCAUGGAGGGACUUGAUAGUGGAUGAGGACUAUGAAGCCCAUAUUGGGUAUCGGUGGCCAGGCGAGAAUGUAAAAUCAGCCGUGACUAGGCUGGCCAAAGUAGACGGUGAGAUUGAGAGAAAUGACAUGAAAUGCAUGAACCCAUGCAGCUCUAGAUGCUACUCAUACAGCAUUAAUGCAGGAACCAAGACUCGGAAAGUGAAUGACCUUCGGCAAAGGCUACGCAUGAGAGGAUUCCGCUGCAAUAUUCUAUACACAAAUGCUGGAUUAAGGUUGAAUGUGAUACCAUUAUGUGCAUCAAGAGCCCAAGCAAUCAGGUAUCUCUCUAUUAAAUGGGGUAUAGACCUUUCCAGAAUAACAGUCUUUGUGGGAGAAAACGGGGACACAGAUUAUGAAGACCUGCUCGUGGGCCUCCACAAGACCGUUAUUCUACAAGGUUGUGUGGAAUAUGGUAGUGAUAUGCCUCUUCAGAAUGAAGAUAGUUUCAAAUGGCAAGAUGUAGUACCCCAAGAUAGCACAACCACAGCCAUAGCUGAAAGUUAUGAAGCCCACGAUAUCUCUACUGCCUUGGAGAAGUUAGGCAGCAUGUGAGGUUUGUCUUUAUUUUACUCUCUUUAGGGUGAAAGAGUAAAGGAAAUAUUGAAGGGCACUGUGGGUUGUGUCCCUAAAUCAAUCAAAAGUCAUAUAGUGGUAUACAAGUUCAUUGAGAACUAAAUGUAGGUAAUCACAAGUUAGAACUGAGAUGUAAUAACGGUACAUAAUCACAUAUGGCAAUAAUUAUCAAUUUUAGCAUUUCCAGUAUA